CUUAAGACUAUCUUAUUAGUUAUGUAUUCAUAGUCACUUAAGAUUAUCUUAUUUGACGUAUACGAUAGCAAAUAAGAUGAUCUUUACCAAGUCGUGUCCGACCUCGACUUAAGACUCUAACCUAAUUGUUUUGCUUGCCUUAUGUGUACAGAUAACAAUCGGGAAAUUGAAUUUGUUUUCUUUUUGUACACUAUGGAUUUAUCAGAUAUGGAUUUACAUUAUUUGGGUGAUGUUUCCGAGCUUUCGGACAUUGAAGAAGAGGAAGAAGGAACAGUGCGUGCUCCGAAACGAUAUAUACGAGAUGAACAUAAUCCUUUCGAAUUUUAUAAUGAAAAAGAGUUUAAACGUCGUUUUCGAUUCUCCAAAGAAGCUGUUUUGCACGGGCUUUUACCAAAUAUUGAAGAAAAUUUAACCAAAAUAAAUAAACGAGGUCUUCCUAUUCCUCCCGUACUACAAUUACUUGCAUGUCUACGAUUUUACGCAACUGGAAGUUUUCAAUUAGUAUUAGGAGAUAUAAUAAGCAUAUCGCAGUCUACUGUGUCGAGGAUAAUCUUUCGUGUUUCGGUAUUACUAGCUGGUAAUAUACAUCGUAUAAUAAAAAUGCCUUGUUCUGUGGAUCAAAUCAACGAAAAUCGUACUUUAUUUCGAAAUUUGGGAUAUGGAAAUGGAGGUAUUGGUUUACCUGGAGUUGACGGUGCUAUAGACUGCACUCAUGUUCGCUUAACUCAAACAAGAUUUCAAGGUAUUGAGGAAAUAUAUAGAAAUCGCAAAGGAUAUUUCUCUCUUAAUGUACAGGCUGUCGUUGGACCACGAAUGGAAUUCCUUGACAUCGUACCAGAGUGGCCUGGAAGUCAACACGAUAGCCGUAUUUUUCAAAAUUCCAGAAUUUACAUGCGUUACAUAAGACGUGAAUUAACUGGCAUAUUAAUUGGUGAUAAUGGUUAUCCUUGUCUACCAUUUCUCAUAACACCUGUUCUAAAUGCAACAACAGAUGAACAAUUAAUGUAUAAUAACAUCCACAGAAGAACUAGACAAAUCGUAGAACGAACGUUUGGAGUUUGGAAACGACGAUUUCCUUGUUUAGCACGAGGACUUACAACAAAGCUAAUAACCUCUACAACAAUUAUUGUAGCGUGUGCAGUUUUGCACAAUCUUUCGCUUAUCUACGAUGCUAUAUUGCCAGAAGAUGAAGAAAAUAAAAUUUAUAACAAUAAUGAUGAUGAUGAUGAUAACGAAAGAAAUCCUGUAGAAUGGCAACCGGCUGAAGGACUAGUAAUGAGAAAUGCUCUCAUAGAGCGCUUAUUUCACUAAUUAAAGAACAAUAUAUAUUUAAUAUUUACAUUUAUUCUUUUCAAUCACUUUAAUACAAUUUAUUUGUAAAUAUUUUUAUACAUCUUUUUUAUAAAUCUCUAUAUGUAUCAUAAAGUAAUGAACACAUUUAUGUGUUUGCUUAAAAAUUAACGCUUUAUAUGUAUUUAUGUCAAAUUAAUAAACAUUUAUUUUCUUUGUGUGCUUUCCAGCAAGACACUGUAACAGUUUAUAAACAACGCUUUAUAUAUGUUAAACUAAUAAACAGCCAUUUUUUUUUAUAAAAAAUUCUUUACGUA